GUAGCGAAAUGGCCUCCUUCCUGGUCGAGUGCCUAUCAUGGCUUAUCAUCGUCCUCUUUUCCCUGUACAUUUUCCAGUUGCUCCGCGACGCUCGCCGGCGUCUUCCUCCGGGGCCCUGGCCGCCGAAGCCGCUGGUCGGCGACCUCCUCGACCUCGGGGAGGACGGCAAGCAGCACCGCACCUUCCAGUGCCUCGCCGCCCGCUACGGCGGCCUGAUGUGCCUCCGCUUCGGCAUGGUGCCCCACGUCGUCGUCUGCACGGCGGACGCCCUGCGCGCGGUCAUGUUCGCCGGCGGCGGCGGCGGCAAGAAGGUGGACGCCAUCGCGGGCAUCCCCAGCCUGGACGUCCUCAACGCCGUGGGCCACAGCGCCCACACCAUCUUCUCGCUCCCGAGCCAGGACGACAAGUGGCGCGCGAUCCGCAAGUUCGCCGUCGCGGAGAUGCUCGCGCCGCGGCGGAUCUCCGGCUCCGCGCAGCUGCAGGCCAGGAUCGUGGAGGCGCUGCACCGCGAGGUGUCCGGCCACGCGGCGCGCGGCGACGCCGUCGUGUUCAAGCACGUGGUGCUCGACUCCAUCCUCAGCCUGCUGCUGGGCCUGCUCUACACGACCGACCUGGAACCCAAGGAGCUGGCCAUGUUCAGGGACCUCACCGAGGAGAUCGUCGGGAUGCUCGGCACGACCAACGUGUCCGACGUGUUCCCGGCGAUCGCCGCGCUCGACCUCCAAGGCCUCCGCCGGAGGACGGGGAGCCUCCUCACCGUCCUGUACCGCCAGUUCGACGAGCAGUUCGCUCUACGCUUGCGCAGCCGGGAAGCCGGAGAGCCACGCAAGAACGACGUGCUCGACACCGUGCUCGACAUGGACAGGGAACGGAGCCGCGAAAGCUCCCUGCUAAGCCAUGACGUCAUGAGAGUUCUCCUCUGUGAUCUAUACGGAGCUGGAGGAAGCUCGACAGCCGCUCUCGUCGAGUGGGGAAUGGCGGACCUGAUUCAGCACCCGGAGGUGAUGAGCAAGGUCAAGGAGGAGCUCGCUAGGGUUCUUGGCGACAAGCCGGUGAUGGACGAGUCCGACAUCGCGCGGCUCCCGUACCUCCACGCCGUCGUCAAGGAGAUCCUCCGCCUGCGCACGGUGCUGCCGCUGGUGCCCCGCAAGGCCGAGGCCGACAUCGAGGUGAACGGCUACCGGAUCCCCAGGGGCACCAACGUGAUCCUCAACGCGUGGGCGAUCAACCGGGACGCCGCCGCGUGGCCGGAGCCGGACAGGUUCAUGCCGGAGAGGUUCGUCGGCGGCGGCGAGACCAGGAGCUACCUGGGCCAGGACUUCGACAUGGUCCCCUUCGGCGUCGGGCGGCGCAUCUGCCCCGGGAUGCAGCUCGCGCUCAAGCUCAUACCCCUCAUCUUCGGCACGCUGCUCCAUCGGUUCGAGUGGGAGCUUCCGGCGGAGGUGAAGGAGGCUGGGAUAGACAUGACGGAGAAGUGUGGGGUGGUGUUGUCUUUGGUCAACCCCCUCAAAGCCAUACCCAAGCAAAUAUAAUCAAAUUUUGGGAUCUGAGCAGUGUUGCAUAUACAGUAUUGCAGAGGAUCUACUCUAAAUAUAAAUUAAUUAGAAUGCUUAAGAGAUAACCAUAAUAAUAUGGGACGAAAGUAGUAUGUGUGUAUGUGUGUAUAUACACGUACUGAUGAUAUACCCGCGUGUCCUUCGUUAUUCGCAUAAGUUCCUUUUUAUCUAAAUUUUUAAUAAAAAAUGGUUC